AUAUAACAACUCUUUUUGAAAAUGACCGUCACUUCUCUCACCUGUCAACGCUCGAAAGAGAAAUGGCUUUUCGCACUGAAAUGGGUCUUUACUAUUCCUACUUCAAGACCAUUGUUGAGGCACCUUCAUUUUGGAAUGGAGUUUGGGCAAUUAUGAAUGACAAACUAACUGAAUAUCCUUUAGUGAUUAACACUUUACAGAGGUUCAAUCUUUACCCAGAGGUGGUCCUCGCGAGCUGGUACCGCCUGUACACGACCGUCAUGGAUUACCUGGGCGUUCCCACAAAGAUGUGCUGGACAGUGAACAGAGGCACGGGGCUGAGCCCUGUGGAAAGCUGUGAGGGCCUGGGGGACCCAGCUUCCUUUUAUGUUGCUGUGAUUUUUCUUUUGAACGGAUUAAUGAUGUCACUGUUCUUCAUAUAUGGCACAUACCUAAGUGGGAGCCGUCUAGGAGGCCUCGUUACUGUGAUAUGUUACUUUUUCAACCAUGGAGAGUGUACUCGUGUCAUGUGGACUCCACCUCUUCGUGAAAGUUUCUCAUACCCAUUCCUUGUUCUUCAGAUGUUGCUUUUGACCUAUAUUCUCAGGAUUCCGAAUAUUAAUACAGGAAGCUUGAUUGCACUGUGUGUUUCUAAUGUCUUUUUCAUGCUUCCCUGGCAGUUUGCUCAAUUUGUUCUCCUAACACAGAUAGCUUCUUUAUUUGCUGUGUAUGUUAUGGGCUAUAUUGACUCCUGCAAAUUACAGAAGAUACUCUCUGCUCAUAUGGUGUCACUUGUAGUGUGUUUUAUACUGAUGUUUGGUAAUUCAAUGUUACUGACAUCCUAUUAUGCUGCAUCUUUAGUAGUUAUCUGGGGAAUUCUUGAAUUGAGUCCAAAAUUCUUGAAAAUGAGCAGAAGAGCAAUUAGGUUAUGGGUCAUUGAAGGAUGUGCCUGGAUAGUUGGGACAGUUACCUUGAAAUAUCUGACUUCUUUAGCAUUUGGAAUAUCUGAUGAUGCUCAUAUAGGUAAUCUAUUAAAAGCUAAAUUUACUGGCUACAAGGACUUUGAUACCUUAAUGUAUACCUGUGCUGCAGAAUUUGACUUCAUGGAAAAAGAGACUCCAGUGAGAUACACAAAGACUCUGCUGCUACCAGUUGUUCUGGUGGUCUUGGUGGUAAUCAUUAGAAGGGCAAUUAAAUAUCUUGUGUGGACGUUAUCUCAACAAGGCCAGUGUGAAAGAGAGGAACGUUUUAACCACGGUGAGCUGGUGUAUCACGCGUUGCAGCUGUUGGCAUACAGUGUCUUAGCAAUUUUAAUCAUGAGGCUGAAACUGUUUUUGACACCACACCUUUGUGUUAUGGCUUCCUUAGUGUGUUCGAAGCAGUUGUUUGGAUGGCUCUUCAGUAAAAUCCAGCCCAAAAUAUUGGUCUUUGCCAUGUUAGCAAUGAUGACAAUAGAAGGAUCAUCAAACCUUCAAACUCAAUGGAACAUCAUGGGAGAAUUUAGCAAUUUGCCACAAGAAGAACUCUUAGAGUGGAUAAAGGUCAAUACCAAACAAGAUGCAGUCUUUGCGGGAGCAAUGCCCACAAUGGCGAGCGUGAAGCUGUCGGCGCUGCGCCCUAUCGUAAAUCAUCCCCACUACGAGGAUGCAGGACUGAGGGCCAGAACUAAGAUAGUGUAUUCUAUGUACAGUAGAAAACCUGCAAAAGAAGUAAAAAAAGAAUUGAAAAAACUAGGAGUCGAUUACUACAUUCUAGAAGAGUCGUGGUGCGUAAGAAGAACAAAGCCUGGUUGCAGUAUGCCUGAAAUUUGGGAUGUGGAAGAUCCUGACAAUAGUGGCAAAAUUCCUCUAUGUAAUCUUAUGAUCCAGGAUUCCAGACCGUAUUUCACCACUGUAUUUGAGAACAGCAAUUACAAAGUCCUGAAGGUUUCAAAGGAAUAACGUCUCAGUGCAAAGAACCAUCAGUCUUUCGAUUUUUUUAAUCUAGUAACUAUAAGAAUUCUAAAUCAGAAAUACCUUUUCUACUAAACUUGAAAUGGAAAAGCGUGUAUUUUAUUUUUUACCA